CUAAAACAUAACACAGUGCAAACGAACCAAACCAAACCACCCACAGAUAACAGUACAUACAGUGCAAGCGUCGUCAGGCAGGCGGGUCAAUAUCAAUCGGGCAGGUAGGUACAGGGGGAGCAAGCGGAGAAUGGUUGGGGUCACAAGCCAGGUUCAGCAGGUAGCGGGCAGCGUGGUACAGAGGGUCAGGCAGAGGGAUGGUCAGGAACGAGCCGGGAUCAGAGCAGGAGUCAGCAGAGGUGCCAGGGUCAGGCAGGGUCAGCAAGCAAGGACAGGAACAGGAUGCAGGAACAGGAUACAGGGCCCAGGAAAAACACACACCAAGGCUGAGUCUGCAGGUCUGGCC